GAGCGUUGGAGGCGGAUUGUUGUUGAAACAGCGCUAAUAGAGCCGCACAGCGGGUCUCGGGCUGGACUCUGAGCAGCUGAGCUCAGGUCUGCGGUCAGCAGAGCGAUGAGGAGCUCACUUUAUAGAGACCUGAGCGCUGAGGAGGAGAUUCUCCCUCAGCACUGAUGUUUCUCGUAACCACCUGAUCGUGUUCGGCUGCGUUGGUCCAGAUUUGGAACCGCUCUGUAAGUUGACGCUGGACAGUCCAGCUGGUUCGGCCACCAUAAGAGCGCUAGUUUCGCUCUGAGGGGCUUUCUUUCUGUCCAGGAUGACGAAAAAGAAGAGAAGGAUGGAGCUUCAUCCGUCUGGAGCCCCGAGCAGCGAGGCGGGGGGAUCUACUGUCUCUAUGGAGGAGCCUGUAAAUCAGAGAGGGGCUCAGAAUCACUGGACUGAGGGGGCUUCAUCUGAGGAGACCCUGAUCCUGAAGGAGGAGGAGGAGGAAGAGGAAGAGGAGGAGGAGGAGGAGGAGGAAUGUCAGGACAUAAAGCCCACUCUUCUCCCUAAAAUGGAACCAAUACAACACCAAGAAGAUGGUGGUGGAGACCAGGAGGGUCAGAAAAGUUUGUUAGUAGUCAUUAAAACAGAACAAGGUCCAGAAGAAAGCAGUUCCUUUGUACACAGUGGGGAAGACCAGGAUGUGUCCAGUCUGUCCCCUUUUUGUGAAACUCCAUCAAUCUCUGAGACAUGGGAGAACCAGCACACACUCGAGGAGGAUGUACGCAGUUCACUAAUUAUUAUUAAAGUGGAACCAGAUGAACAAGAACUGAAUGACCAGCAGACCCUUCAUGAGAUGAAAGAGGUGUCCAACCAGCCAACUGUCUGUAAAACUGAACCAGACUCUGCUUACAGUGACAAAGAGCCACUGCAUGAAAAAUGUGGAAAAGAGGAAAAUGAGGAUCUAAAUACUUCAGCUGAGUGCAGCCAGCCGCCUGUGGAAGCACACAAAGGACUGAAGUCAUAUCCCUGUUCCGAGUGCGGGAGAACCUUCUCUCAGUCGUCCUCGUUUUACAGACACAUGAGAAUCCACACUGGCGAGAGGCCGUUCCAGUGUUCUCAGUGCAAUAAGACUUUCGUUCAGUCGAAUACGUUCAAAAUCCACCAGAGAAUUCAUACUGGAGAAAAGCCUUACAAGUGCUCGGACUGUGGGAAGAACUUCAAGCGUUUAGAUAGUCUGAGGAUCCACCAGAGAACUCAUACCGGGGAGAAGCCGUACAAGUGUUCUCACUGUCCGAAGACCUUUACACGCUUACAUAUCCUACAGAACCAUGAGAGAAUACAUACCGGAGAGAAGCCGUAUCAGUGUUCUCACUGCUCUAAGACUUUCACACGGUCCAGUGUCUUUCAGGUCCAUCAGAGAACGCACACAGGAGAGAGGCCGUACAAGUGUUCAGUGUGUGAAAAGCAGUUUUUAAACCUCUCAAAUCUUAUAAAUCACAAGAGGAAACACACAAAAGAGAGGCCGUAUCGGUGCUCUCAGUGUGAUAGAACUUUCAUUCAGUUAGCUCACCUUACAAGCCACCGGAGAACACACACUGGAGAGAAACCCUAUCACUGUAACAUCUGUGGGAAGAGCUAUGGUGCGUCGUAUACACUGUUCUGCCAUCAGAAGAAACACAACCUUUCUCCUGCAUCGUCAAUGUUUGGUAAGGUGUCCCGACUGAAUGAACGUCUUAUCACACAAAGAGCAUCGGUACGGCCUCUCCUCUGUGUGCGUCCUCUCGUGGUUCCUGAUGUUCGACAAGUACAAGAAGCGCCUUCCGCAGACGGAGCACUGAUAGGGCUUUUCUCCCGUGUGUAUCCUCUGGUGAUUCUGUCUGCGAGGAUGUCCGCUGAUGUGAUCAGCCGUGAGGAUGGAGAGGUCACUAUAACCAUCCAGCUUAUGCAGGACUCUGGGAGCUGCUCUAAGGCGGUGGGCACAGACCUCACCAUGACGGACAUUGGCACCCUGGAGGACCUGCAGAGUGAGAACACUCAGCUGAGGAGGCUGGUGGCAUCGCUGGAGGCCAGACUGAAGAAGUGGAGGGAAGAGGGAGAGCAGCACUCAGAGGGAGCAUUUGAAGACUUGCAGAAUGAAGACAGCAGAGACCAGCUCACAGUACAGGAGCUGGAGGAUGAACCAAGUCUGUUAUCUGUCUUGAAAGCAGAACCAAAUCCGAAAGAAAUAACUUCGUUUGUACAUGCUGGAGGAGAUGAUAAGCCCAGCUUGCUCUCUUUUGCUAAAACUGAACUAACUGCCACAGAAACAAAGGAUGUUGUAUGUGAAAACGAAAAAGAAAACCAGCACACGCCUCAGAACCUGCCAGAAAACCCCAGUCUCUCUUCCGUCUGUAAAACUGAACCAAACCAGACGGAAAUACCUUACCACAUAUACAGCGAGGACGAACAGCAAGCACCAUUGGAUCUUUGUGCAGUGAAGCCGGUAGACAGCAGGAAGUCCAGUAAUAUGAAAUCAGAUGCUCCAAAAAUCCCAGCUGAGCCCAGCCAGUUGUGCACCAAUACUGAGAAAAGUGUCUCUACAUCGCAACCGGUGGACAUCCACAUGAAAUCCCACAGUGGACUGAAGCUUUACUCCCAGUAUGGCAUCGCCUUCGCUAAAUCAUCUCCUCUUAAAAGAUAUACGAGGUUACCCGGUGACGAUAGACGUUUCCAGUGUUUUCAGUGCGGUAAAACAUUUGCCCAGUUGAGAGACUUUAAAAUCCAUUACAGGACACAUGUGGAGGGGCAGUCUUACCAGUGUUCCCAGUGCGAUAGGAGUUUCAUUUGCUUGGCAAGCCUUACUAUCCAUCAGAAGGUUCACAGUGGGGAGAAGGUUUACAAGUGCGCUCAGUGCGAUCAAACGUUCACUCACUCAGGAGACCUCAAGAAACACAGCAGAAUCCACAUCCGAGAGAAGCCUUACCAGUGCUCCACCUGUGGAAAGAAGUUCUCACAACUGUCGAUACUCAAAAUCCACGAGAGGAUGCACACCGGAGAGAAGCCUUACCAGUGCUCCCAGUGUGGCAAGACUUGCACGAGGUUAGACAACCUCAAAAUCCACCAGAGGAUGCACACUGGAGAAAAGCCCUACAAGUGCCCUGUCUGCGGGAUGCAGUUCUCCUACUCGUCGAUCCUCAAGAACCACCAAAGGACGCACACCAAAGAAAAGCCUUACCAGUGCUCUCAGUGCGAGAAGACAUUCACUCACUCGGCGAGCCUCACCAACCACCAGAGGAUACACACCGGAGAGAGACCCUACCAGUGCCCCGAGUGCGACAAGACGUUCGUGCGGUUGAGCGACCUCAAAACCCACAACAGGACGCACACUGGAGAGAAGCCUUACGAGUGCUCGCAGUGUGGGAAGAAGUUCUCUCACCCCUCAAACCUUAAAAACCAUCAGAGGACGCAUCUGGAAGUGAAGCCUUACAGGUGCAGCCAGUGCGGUAAAACGUUCAGCCGCUCGACGUACCUCACAGCGCAUCAGAGGAUACAUACAGGAGAGAAACCCUACCAGUGCUCACAGUGUGACAAACCAUUUGCACGGCUGAGCGACCUGAAAGCCCACUACAAAAUACAUACUGGGGAGAAGCCCUGCCUGUGCUCCAUCUGCGGAAAGGGUUUCAUCAAAUCAUCUGCGCUUCACAGGCACAAGCUGACUCAUAAAAACACUACUGUAACGUAGUGUUUCACUUCUCAUAGACAUUCACAAAGCACUGCUAAGGCUUUUUCUUGGUUGUGCAAUAAUACUGUGUGGGGUGAGCAGUAUGGCAGAAGUAAAGUAUUGUGAUACGUCAAGAUAUUUUAGUAAUACUCAGUAUACAUCACAAUAUUUAGCCUUUUUGAGGUUUGAUAAGAUGGAAGGGACAAAAGAAGCAGCAGUUGCAACAUUUGAAAGUUUACACAGUCAAAAAUUUAGAAAUACUACAAAAUUUCACAAACUGUUCUGUAACAUCCAGUUAAACAGGACUAACUAUGCUCUGCUUGUAAUUAAUCAUCCAGUUGACCAGUAUUCUACAGAGCCCUGCUGGUGACAUCCUGCAUAAAUUUAAAUAAUGUGUGGCUGUGCCAUAUUAAUGCGUGGGAAUGAGAUCCUAAUGCAGGGGUGCACAAC